UCUGCAGCAAAUCCAGAGUCCCAAUGUGCAAGCAUCUCCAGGGAGGAUAACACCCAGUUGUCGUCAACAACCAGUCAAGGAUAUGUUUUACCAGAAGGAAAAAUCAUGCCGAACACAGUCUUUGUUGGUGGAAUUGAUAUAAGGAUGGAUGAAACAGAAAUUAGAAGCUUCUUUGCACGAUAUGGUACAGUGAAAGAAGUGAAGAUAAUCACUGAUAGAACUGGUGUUUCCAAAGGAUAUGGAUUUGUAUCCUUUUUGGACAACGUGGAUGUUCAGAAAAUAGUGGAAUCACAAAUAAACUUCCAUGGUAAAAAACUGAAACUGGGCCCAGCAAUCAGAAAACAACAGAAUUUAUGUGCUUACCAUGUGCAACCCAGACAUCUGGGUUUUAAUCCUCCUGUGCCACAGUUUCAUAGCGUGUGGAGUAAUCAAAACACAGAAACAUACAUGCCUCCCCCAGCUAUGAUGAGUCCAGUAACUCAGUAUGUUCAGGCAUACCCUUAUGGGUCGCAAGCUGUACUGAUACAACAGCAAGUUCCUGUAGGAUACCAGCCUGCCUACAACUAUCAGGUCCCACCACAGUGGCCUCCUGGGGAGCAAAGGAAUUAUGUUAUACCUCCGGCUUAUACCCCAGUAAACUACCACUGCAGUGAAGUAGAGCCAGAAGUUAUCCAAGCAGAAUGUUCUGUUCCAGAGCCUGCACAACCAUCUGGAAACAGUCCACAAAAGAAGUCUGUGGACCGAAGCAUACAGACAGUGGUAUCCUGUCUGUUUAAUCCCGAGAACCGUCUGAGAAACACUCUUGUAUCCCAAGAGGACUAUUUCAAGGAGAAAAGGGUGCAUCACUUUAGAAGAAGUAGGGCAGUGCUUAAAAGUGUUUAA